UUCUGCCACAAGUGCGUCAGUGAUCGUUGCGAAAUACUUCCUGUUUACGCUUGUUUACCCAUAUUUUCUCUAUCCAAAAACAUCUCUUAAUUUCAGAGGAAAUUCCUCUUGUUUUUGUGAAGAGUAUACGUUUAAUCGUUUGUAUGACCAGCCUUGAUUUUGUCGGUCAAUUAUCUGGAUCGAAGGCAGAUCCAUUCAAUGAUCAAGUCGAAGAUGUUGCUAGUGGCGGCCAAGACAAACUAAUCCACAUCCGCAUACAGCAGAGAAACGGCCGUAAAACACUGACUACAGUCCAGGGGCUAUCCUCAGAUUAUGAUCUAAAGAAAAUUGUUAAAGUCUGUAAAAAGGAGUUUGCAUGCAAUGGUACCGUAGUAGAGCACGCUGAGUACGGAGAGGUGAUACAGCUGCAGGGAGACCAGCGCACUCUCAUGAAGGACUUCCUGAAGAAGGUCGGCCUCGCCAAAGAAGAACAGAUCAAGGUGCACGGUUUCUAAACAAAGGUCAUCACCUCUACAUUAUUGCCAUCACCUGCUUUGUAAAGAUGAGGCAGCAAACCACAGAAGAUUUUAUAUUGGUUUUUAUUUCUUAAAUAGUUGGUACAUAGUGACUCAGUUAUGUCAAAGUUGUUUAGAACAAUGAAAAGACUAAAGAUACAUAGAAAGGUUUUACGACGGAAGAUUUCAUAAUGGAAUCCGAAAGUAGGAUCAUAUCUGUUUCAUCCCAUUUGUUUAUUGUUGUUCAAGUUGUUUAAAACAAUUAUGUGUAUGAGCCGUCAAUAACUGUUUUUAGAUUAAAUAAAUGUACAGAUUAUUUAUUAUCAAAUGAACUUGCCUAAAAUAUGGCUGUGAUUUUAAUUGAAAACAUUCAGAAUAUUCAUAUUGAAUACAAUUAAGAGAUAUUUCAAUAUCUGCUUUGUACACAAUUUUGAAAUGGUUAACUUAAAAUUAAACACUUAAAUGAUUUUAAUUUGGUAAUACAGAUUUCUCACUAAAGUUCUGUAAUUUUCCAAUUAAAUUGUUGCUCUGCUUAUCAUUUUGCUAUAACUUAUGUGUUUUUGCAUAAUUAUGUAGAAACUGUGUUUAAUAAAUUAUUAAAUACAAUA